GGACGAUGUCGCCGGUGACCGUAUUGUCUUCACACCGUCUUUCGAAAUGGCGUACGAGAAACAAGUAAAGAUCAAUAAUGAAAAGAAAAUUAAAUCCAAAAUCUCACUUCACGAUCCACUUUCUCUUGGCGGACGCAUUAAACGUUCGGUACGUGAAAUGCCACCCGAAAUAGUUCCUUUUGUGGUGAUCGUCAGUGCGGCUAUAUUUGGAGGUCUUGUGGCCUUGGGGCACAAGCUUACCACGGAUAAGCAAUUAAGAAAAUAUCCCACGCACAGGCACACGGUGGCUGGCAAAUAA